AUGGGUAAAAAAGUGAUACACGCGGCUCAUUUUGAGCGUUCCUUGAAAAAAAGAUCGCCCAAGAGAUUCCAACGGCUAAAACCGGAUUUGGAAAACGAGACGUUCAAAGUCAUCUCGAAUCGUAAACUCAAAAACCCGAAACUGUUCAAAUACUGGAAGAAUAGGGUUAGGAUCUUCUCCAAAAUACACGAGAACAACAUACACCUGACAGAGGCUCUGUGGUUCAGUGUCACUCCGGAAUCCAUUUCGAAGUUUGUAGCGCAAUUCGCCAAGUCGUGCCUGCCCGAUGCCCGAUGCAUACUGGAUGUCUGUUGCGGUGGUGGUGGGAAUACAAUCCAGUUUGCCCAGCUGUUUCCCAGAGUAAUAGGGGUAGACAACGAUCUGUCACACCUGUACUGCUGCGUGAUGAACUGUCGUGCAUACAACGUCGAAAAAUCCGUGUGGUUAAAAUAUGGACCUUGGAACAGCGAUAUCUCGCUUGGUAAAGAUGUCACAGUCGAUUGUAUCUUCUCAUCUCCACCUUGGGGCGGGCCCGAGUACUUGCAUGCCGAUAAAUACGACUUGGAAAAAUCCUUGCAGCCUGGUGGAAUCACGUACCUGCUUCGAAGUUUUGCCAAGUUCACACAAAAUAUAAUUCUGUUCCUCCCCAGGAACUCUAAUCUUCAACAAAUUGCAAGCUCUACGAGAUCCGUCUUCGGUCCGCUUGCCAAAUGUAAAGUGCUGUACGUGAAGGAUAACGGAUAUUUGAAGGGGAUAAUGUGCAUGUGGGGGGCACCAUUCUUAAACUAUAACACUGCAUCAUCGGAUGAGGAGCCAAGUGACGAACCGAAAUCGGUGACACAACCUGCGGGAAACACUUCAGAGCUAUACGAUAUCAAUGGCUAG